CUUUGUUGAGAGAAGCCUCCAUGGAACCCACGCCGGAACCCAAGCGCUGGGUUCCAUCGAACCCAAGCCUGGGUUCGUUGGAACCCCAGCGCCUAGGUUCGGAGAGCAGAGAAUAUUGGGAAAGUGUUGGAAAUGGGAUGGGGAUGUUCCCUAAUGGAGGGGCUUGGUGGGUGUGGGGAGCUACGAUGACGGCGAUGGAUAGUGGCCGGAGAGCUCUGCAAUUCCUUGGAUUGGACGAAGAAAAGAGAAACACCGGUUUUCAGGAUUUGAAGGUCGAUGUUAUCAUAACUGAUUAUUGUGUGCUUGGAAUGUCUAGUUACGACUUGCUUAAGAAAAUUAAGAAGUUGAAGAAAUGGUUGAAGAAGGGAAGAGGAAAGUGAAUAGUCGGACGUACGGUUUCCUGGCAUUCAUCUAUCUUUUUUUUUAUUUUCAAACCUUUAGUUAGCAGUGGGGCCCACAAAUAAAAUUGGUAGCAGGUA